CCACCCCCCCCGCCCCGACUCGCCCGCCCCCCCGCGCGCGCGCCGCCGCCGCCGCCGCCCGGCCCUUCCCCCCGCCGCGAGCAGGCGGCUCCGGCACGCGCCGCUCGCCCCGCCACCGGCGGCGAUGUCGCGGAGCUCCCGGGCGGUGCUGGCCCUCUCCGCGCUGCUCUCCGCCGCCACCGUGGCGGCCGUGCACCUCCAGCAGCGGCGGGAGCGGGAGAGGCUGCACAGCGGAGUUCUCAGAGAUCUCGAGCGUCAAAAUCAGAAAAAGGAGAAUAUUCGCCUACUAGAAGAGCAGAUUGCUUUAACAAAGCAGCUUAUGGAAGAAAGAGACAAGGCGCUAAUGGAAAAAGGGUCCCAGCAGUCCUAGUCACAG